UAUGCGGUCGUCAUGACUCUGUGCGUUGUAAUCUUUUUGUGGCAAAAUUUACGUCGCGGGUGAAUUUCUACCGGCAUAAAUACUUGUAAACAACAUACAAUAUAAACAAAAUCCCGCAAAAGUAAAACUGCAGGCGCACAAAUAACGCAGCAUAUCAAUUAGUCUAAUUAAAAGCUCCCUAACAUAUCGAAUUAUGGAGCUGUUACAAUUAAUCUGCUACACUUUUAUUUUUCUGCUUUCAAGGAUGCUAGUUCUGCAUGCAGUGAGCUGGGAAGAGUGGUGGACCUAUGAUGGCAUAUCAGGUCCAGCAUUUUGGGGCCUCAUUAAUCCAGAGUGGUCGCUCUGCAACAAAGGACGUCGCCAGUCACCGGUGAAUCUGGAGCCGCAACGGUUGCUCUUCGAUCCGAACCUGCGUCCCAUGCACAUUGACAAACACAGGAUAAGCGGCAUCAUCAGCAAUACGGGGCACAGUGUUAUCUUCACGGCUGGCAAUGAUACGGUGGCCAAUUACGAUGGCAUGCAGACACCUGUGAAUAUAUCGGGUGGCCCUUUGUCGUACCGUUAUCGAUUCCGUGAGAUACACAUCCACUAUGGACUCAAUGAUCAAUUUGGCUCAGAGCACAGCGUCGAGGGCUACACAUUCCCAGCUGAGAUACAAAUAUUCGGAUAUAAUUCACAGUUAUAUGCAAACUUCUCCGAUGCCUUGAAUCGUGCCCAGGGCAUCGUUGGCAUCUCCAUAUUGUUGCAGUUGGGCGAUCUUUCCAAUCCGGAGUUGCGUAUGCUUACCGAUCAAUUGGAUCGCAUUCGUUAUGGCGGCGAUGAGGCAUUCGUCAAACGUCUCUCGAUUCGCGGACUUCUCCCCGACACGGACCAUUACAUGACCUACGAUGGCUCAACAACGGCGCCGGCUUGCCACGAAACUGUCACCUGGGUGGUCCUCAACAAACCAAUCUACAUAACAAAGCAACAGUUGCAUGCUCUGCGUCGCUUAAUGCAGGGAAGUCCCGACCAUCCAAAAGCACCAUUAGGGAACAACUAUCGACCACCACAGCCGCUUCUGCAUCGUCCGAUUCGAACAAACAUUGACUUCAAAGCGACGAAAACAAAUGGCAAAACUGCCUGUCCCACCAUGUACCGUGAGGUCUAUUAUAAAGCGACCAGUUGGAAACAAAACUAGAGAUCAAUGACAAACCGUGCAAUAAAUAAUACGAGACUUAUAUUGACAAUGAUCGAAAUUGUUGCAGAAAUAGCAAAACGAAAAAAAGACCCAGAAAUGGCGAAAAGUGGCGCAGCAUAGCAAAAAUGGAAAAUGAAAUAAGAAAAUAUAGCUAUACCCAGGCAUAUGGAAAACAAAUACUCUACUAAUAAACUAGCAUUAAAUGUGAAUAAUUUUUUUUGUCAAUCAAGUCUAUGUGGCUUGUGGAAGUGUUGUUAUUACCAAUUUUUUUUUUGUUUAAUUUUUUUUUUUACUUAUAAUUCGAUACAAUUAUAUGGAAUUUGCAUAUUGUAAAUGGAAGGUACUGUAUAAAAACAAAAAAUGAAAAAAGGAAAAACAAAACAGAGAUCAUACGUUGCCGAGUUUUUUUUUUUUCGUUUUUCGUGUGUAGUCAUAACAAUAAAUUUGGCGUUAAUCUAAUGAAAGUCACAAUUUUGAACCCCUUUCCCACCACCAAUCCAGGGGCGGAUUAGGAGAUAUCGAUAAAGGAUACAUUUAACAAUCACUUUCAGGAGUUGUCAAAAUUAGUGUGUGAUCAAGCGAAUAGACUCAAAGUUCUUGUUUAGAAUAAUGAGGUUUGAAAUCAAAAUAUAUUGAAAUAUGUAAUAAAUAACAAAAUCUCCCAAAAACAAAAACACCUAGUCUUAAUAUAUUCUAUUGCUUUCUGUUCUUACAUAUAGCUCGGCAAAUUUGUAGCAUUCUUAAUUUUCGAUGAUCAUAGCCAUAAUAUAUACAUAUAUAUAUAUUAUACAUAGAAGCAAUGGAAUUAAACUUUCCAGAAAACAAAAAUUACAAAAGAUGGUGAAUUAAUAAUUAAAAU